UCCGAGGCGGUGGCGCCCGGUGUCCGGCUGUUGCAGGGGAGUGGGAGAUGGAGGCGGCGUGGGAGCACGCGCUCCCGUCCGCAGGUGGCCAGCGGCCGCUGGCGGGUCCGGCUCGUCGAACGCCGGCUGGUUGUGGGGCUGACUCCUGCUCCGCACUGCGUAUGGUUAGGGACUUCUUACGGAACCACCUGCUUGGCAAGAUUCGGCCGGCGACGCUCCGCCCCAUCCGAUGACGUCACUGUAGUCCCGCCCCCGUCCAGCGUUCGGCGCGCUGAUUGGCUGGUGAGCCGGUCGACGCUGCUCGGUUUCUGGUCGGGUCUAGACCGCAGACCGAGCGUCGUACCGACCGGCGGUGGGGUGCCGCCGCGUGUCUCGCGCCUUGUCUGCCUGCUGCCGGCGCAGUUCCAGCGCCGUGCGGUGCCGUGCCGCGGGUGACGUGACAGUGCGCACAGUGGCGGCGGCGGCGUGCGAGCUGUCCCGCGGCGGCGACCGGGACACGAUGCUGACCGUGGACGGCGACCUGAAGCCGGGUCUGGGCCGCCUGGUGGGCGGCCACGCGCUGCACGCGCACCUGGGCCGCGAGGAGCUGUCCCCAGCGCCGCCCCACCAGCAUCUCCAGCAGCAGCAUCAGCACCUCUCCCAGCAGCAGCACCACCAGCACCAACAGCAGCAACAGCAGGAGCAGCAGCAGCAGCAGGCGCAGCAGCAGCAGCAGCAGCAACAGCAGCACCCGCCUCCGCAGAGUGGCAAGGCGUCGGCGGCGACGGACGCGGACCGCGUCAAGCGCCCGAUGAACGCCUUCAUGGUGUGGUCACGCGGCCAGCGGCGCAAGAUGGCGCAGGAGAACCCCAAGAUGCACAACAGCGAGAUAUCGAAGCGGCUCGGCGCCGAGUGGAAGCUGAUGAGUGACGGCGACAAGCGGCCCUUCAUCGACGAGGCCAAGCGUCUGCGCGCCGUGCACAUGAAGGAGCACCCCGACUACAAGUACAGAUGCCGAAAAAGUCGAGCAAAUCCUCUUGGCGGCGGCUCCAAACCUUUACUGACGAAGCCAACCGAUUCAGACAAACCGCGGAGGAAGACGAAGGUGCUGCUGAAGAAGGACUACCCGCUGGGGGCGAGCAUUCUGCAGCCGGAGCCGGUGCGAUCUCAAGUCAACGCCGGCUCACGGCAGAUCUACCAGAUGGCCACCGGCUACAUGUCAAACGGGUAUGCGGCGUACGACCCGGCCACCUACCAGCAGCACGCCUCCAUGUACGGCAACUACAUGGCGGCCAACCCGUACAUGGGCGCUGCCGGGCAGUACGAGAUGCCGCGCGGUUACAGUCCGCCCACGUCCGCCAGCGGUCUGACCUACAUGAACGGCACCAGCUACGGCAACAUGUACCCCAACAGCCCGAGUCCGUACGGCGGCCUGCCGACGCCCACCGCCAGCCUGCCCUCCCACUCGCCGGCCAGUCUGCGCUCGGAGACGCCGCCGGCACCGCCGCCGCCGCCGCCACCGCCGCCGCCGCCGCCGCCGCCGGCCGACCUCGGCGCCAUGAUGACCAUGUACCUGUCAUCGGAGCAGGCCAAGUACGCGGCCGAGCAGAAAUACCUGGCGGCGUACCAGCAGCAGCAGCAGCAGCAGCAGCAGCCGCAGCCGCAACCAGGCAAGCCCGGACAUGUACCAGCCGCAGGCGGGCAGCCCCGACCCGGUGGGCUACCAGCCACAAGCGGCCAGCCCUGAGUACCACCCGCACCACCCGCACCACGGCCACCACCCGCCGGUCGGCAGCCCCGAGCGGACGCUGGCCGGGUACCACGCGCAGCUGGGCAGCCCGGCCGCCGGCCUCACGCUGGCGCACCCGAUGUGACCGCGGCCGGUGGGAGGCGCGCGCCCUGGAGAGGUCCGCUGAUGGCCCCGGCCCCGCCCUGAGAGGCCCGCUGAGGGCCGUAGCACCGCCUGGAGAAGCCCGCCGGGCGCUGUGGUCACCGCUGGAGAGGCCCGCCGAGCGCUGUGAUCACCACGGGAGAGGCCCGGAGCGCUGUGAUCACUGCUGGGAAGGCCCGCCGAGCGCUGUGAUCACUGCUGGAGAGGCCCGCCGAGCGCUGUGAUCACUGCUGGAGAGGCCCGCCGAGCGCUGUGAUCACUGCUGGAGAGGCUCCCGGUGGUCCGCGGUGAUGGCCACGGAAAGUUACCUUCCCUCUGGAGGGAAGGGCCUCUAACAAACAUUAUUCCUCUGGAGAGGACCGUGAUCCCAACAGGAAGGCCCACAGGAAUCGUGGCCCAAGCUGCGGAGAGUGUGAUCCCAGUUGUAGUCGUCCUCGGACACGUCUCCCCGGGCGAUAUCCGACAUCGCUCUGUCGAUCUGGGCGCUGGUCGCUGAAGAACCUCACCCGACCUGGCCUGGUUUUAACACCACUGACCCGCUGCGAUUAGGACGCGGAAACGGUGAGCGUGCGCCUUUUCCAAUUCACUAUUUUUGGUUGGUUGACCUGUUUGCCUGAAGUACCUUGACGAAAUCUCAAUUGACUGGCGGAGGAAUAAGGCGUCAAUGUUGAGUGACAGUGUUACUGUUAACAUUCUUAUGUAUCUCGGACGUAAUGCACACUUAAAGGGACAAAAGGUUAAAUAUAUGUGCACUGCGAGUGCAUCGAUAGUGACCAAAGUUGUCUGCUAACGCAAUUUUUAGGUUAUUUUAUGUAAGCUGCAUUUUUUUCAAAAACGAUGCUGGCACAUAAUUGAACAGAGCUCCGUAGUGUUGUACGGAAAAAGGCAUUUGCUGAGCACAUAUUCUCGGUUUCUUUGACUUCACUUCACUUCACUCUCGGCAACCCUGUACCGUAUUGUGCAAUCACAUAUACGUUCUAUCAAUUAUCUCGCCCGUUUUCAGCAUUGGGAAACAAAGCCGUCCAUGGGUGUAUGCAGAAUUUCGCAAUUGGGGUACAACUCAACAUUUUUCACGUUUUUUUGGCGCACUGCUUGUGCACAGAACUUUGUUGCGUUACAUAUAACGAAGUCGCGUGUUUUCAAUGUGCUUAUUUCACGUACCCAUUUCGAUUUGUUAUUGUCGUCAUUACUUAAGACCUCAGAGACUAAGCUGUGACCAGUCCCAUUUCAUAACCAAUGCAGUGUUUCCAAGUCGAGGUUGUGCAUCGAGAAGUGCCUUGUUGGAGACCCUUGUCUCAGCUUGGUCUUGGCCCAGGUCUGGCCUGGGUUGGCCGCAUCUCACGGCCGUCGUGACGUCACGGGGUCGGCCCGGCCGUGCUCGUGACGUUAGACCCGCCUCGGGUAGUCACGUCCUCUCUUCACCCGCGAGUCACUCGAGUCAUACACACAAAUGGCGGCGGGGCAGCCCGGCUGGCGGGCGGACGUGCCGCCCAUCUGUUGGUGUCCGCGCAUAUGACGUGGCGGCCUCUAGCACGUGGUGUUGUGGCGAGGCAGCCCCACAUCCUGAUUGGCGCCGAACGUGAUUGGAUAGCAGUAUUGUACGUACUACGUCACGGUUUACGUCACAUGUAGCGCGUGUCCGGCAUGUUUGUUGAAUCGAUGUUUCCCAGAACAAUGUAUCGUGCCAAGAAACUGCACCGCGCUCCUUCGCAAAAAACAGCCAUAGGCUGGCGAAACGUUGAAGCCAUGUUUGAUUGCUGCAUCCGUGUCUACGAACCUGAAAAAAUGACCACUGCAGCCACGACAGCACAGGCGUAACCACUGGGUGUGAGGAGGGGGGCUGAGGGGUAUGUUCCUCUACAGGUGCGUAGUUUCGCAAAAUAAGUGUGUGUGAGGGGGGCUGAACAAAAAAUGGCGAAGUCUAUCCCCAAAUUAGCCAAGAAACGAGUUUCUCCUCAAGUUUAGCCCGCUUUCCUCUCAAAGCUGGGGGCUG